AUGAAAAGGAGAAAAUAUCCACCUCUCUCUCUCUCUCUCUCUUUUAUCUCUCUCUCUCUUCUUUUUCUCCUUCCUUCCCUUCUCUCUCUUCUUUCUCCUUCCUACCCUUCAAUCGGAAAAUCCUUUUGGCUCUCAUUAUUCUCAAAAAAGGAAAAUAUCUUUCUCUCGGUCGUCCAUUUCUUUUCUUCUUCUCAAUUCUCUUUCUAUUUACAUGAAAAGGAGAAAAAAAUCCUCUCUCUCUCUCUCUCUCUCUCUCUCUCUUUCAUAACGUCCAUUCCUUCUCUCUCUUCUUUCUCCUUCCCUCCUCAUUUCCCUUCAAUACAUUUUCUCCUCUCUCUCUUUAUUGUUCUCCUUAUUAUCUCAAACCUUUCUGUCUCUCAGUCAGAACCUCUUUCUAUUUACAUGAAAGGAGAAAAAAAAAAAGCUCUCUCUCAGAAAGAAAAAUUCUUCCUUCUAUUUCCUCCUUAUCUCUCAAAAACCUUUCUAUCAAAAUCUUUUUUGGCUCUCAGUCAAAAAAUCUAUUUACAUGAAAAGGAGAAAAAAUCCAAAGAAAGAAAGAAAGAAAAUCUCUCUUUCAUGAACGUCCAUUCCUUCUCUCUCUUCUUUCUCCUUCCUACCCUUCAAUACAUUCCCUCCCUUAUUAUCUCAUGA